CGGCAGCAUAAAGUACACGCUCUGUAACUUCAACUGACAGCAGCAGAAAACCGGGAGAGCGCACAGUGACAAGAUAUCGUUAAACUUGCGGAGUCACGCAGAAACAUUGCAAAAAUGGAGUGGACCCCGAUGGAGAUCAAUCCCGAGAUGCUCAACAUGAUGAUGAGCAAGCUAGGCGUGGGUGAAAGCUGGCGCUUUGUUGAUGUGGUGGGGCUGGAGGGGGAGCAACUCUCCUCCGUACCCAAAACAUGCUGUGCCUUGAUGCUGCUCUUCCCACUGACACAACAGCAUGAGUCUUUCAGAAAGCAGCAGGCAGACAAGGUUGCAGGAGGCUCUGAGGUUUAUUUCCUGAAGCAGACAGCACACAAUUCCUGUGGCACCAUCGCCCUACUGCAUGCUGUGGCUAACAACAAAAGCAAACCAACAUUUGAUAAUGGCUCUGUCCUGAAGAAGUUUCUAGAUGAGACUGCAAACAUGUCUGCUGAUGAUCGUGCCAAACAUCUGGAGAAGAACCAGGCAAUCCGUGAGGCUCACAAUGAGGUUGCAAUGCAGGGCCAGUGUAGGCCGGAAGCCGACAAAGUCAACUUCCACUUUAUUGCCUUUGUCAAUGUAAAUGGACAGCUUUAUGAAUUUGAUGGGAAAAUGAAUGGACCAGUGAAGCACGGAGCUACCAAAGAUGAGUCAUUCAUAACGGAUGCAGCCAAGGUGUGCCGUGGAUUUAUGGAAAGAGAGCAAGGCGAGGUCCGUUUCUCUGCAGUCGCUCUUUGUCACAGUUAGAUAUUUCGGUAGGACACACAAUCAAAUUGUCAACCAGAAUGUCCUGGAGCAUUCACGUGGCAAACACAAUCAGCAGGCACCCAUAACGACCUGCGUGAACACAUACAUCUGCAGACACUAUGCACUAUAAAGCACAUAAUGUUACCACAUACUGUACUCAUCUCAUGAACAAAGCAUUCUUUAGCACAUGUACACACAAACACACCAUCAAAACCUUUUUGUUCUGCUAACACUGAUACAACCCUUUCAUGUGAUUUCAUUUAGCAGUGAAAAUUGUAAAACAUGAGCUCAGAUCUCACCACUGCUUGUUUGCAUGUGUGUAUUUGUCUUUUUAUUUUAUUUUUUUGCAACUUUUUUUUUUUUUUUGUACUUUUGUACAUUGGUGCGUCUGUGUUAAACCCAAAAGACUGAUGCUUAAAUACCUUUUGUGCCAAUAAAGAAGAGUGAGAAGGAAACGGCAGAAGACUUGUUUGGAGAAACAUUUUGCCUGUUUUCUCUGAAUGCCUUCACUUGCUGUGUGGUUGAGUUUAUAAGGAUCUGACAUUCCUCAGAACAGGCCAAAUGUAUCCGUAGGAAUAAUUUAACCAUUGUUCGGAGCACGCACACAACUUCUUGAGUGGUGUUCUUGGGUGUCACUCUGACAUUUCUCUGAAAAGUGGAGGUUUUCUUUGAGAAGUCUCAAUUUCAAAUGCAAAAUGAUAGUGGUGGAUUACAGUCAUUUUCUUUGUUUACUUUACCUGUUUUCAGAAAUUGAACAAUUGCAUUAUGUUUGUGCUUUUCAGUUGAAAAUACAAAAAGGCUCAAGUAGUCAAAGUUGCACACUAAUAAUAUAUUUAACAGAAAAUACAAAACUUCCAAACACGAUAGGGACUAUGAAAAUAAAGUGCUACUCUAUGUUGGGUUGUUGUCGUGCAGGGUGAUAGUACUGUAUGUGUAGGCUGUGCACCAAUUGUUUACCUUUCUGCACUUUCCAAAUACUUUGUUGCUGUAGUUCUACUGGUGAUGCAGCUGUGGGAAUUCAAUAAAGCAACCAUUAAACGUC